AUGUUUCACGGAUUAUUACCCAUUCGGAAUCCGGAAUAUGUGCAAUUCACUCAAGCUGUUUCUCUUCUUUCCGCAUUCCUGGCUGUUGCAGCUGCGAACCCUACUGUUGGGUACGCCGGCUACUAUUUUGCUGGUUGCAACACUACCAGUAUCGAUGCUGGUAAUGCCUAUGCUGGAUCCUGUCUCAACGUCGAGAAUUUUCCCAUCAAGUCUUUCUCCGCCUAUGUUGAAUCUGGCUCCUGCGCCGAUGGCACUUCCCCGGUCCUGAACACCUACACUGCCUCUGGCUGUGACGACUCGACCUUGUAUGAGACUGUUAGCGUCGACAGUGAGAAGCAGUGCUUCGAGGUUGAUACUACUUUGAUCAGUAUCAAGACCGAGUGUGUUUAA